CAAACCAAUUUCGUUGCCUGUUUUCAAAAAGAAUAUCUCACGCUGAACGAGGGUUUGUCUUUCAAUUCUUUCUGAACUAAGAAAAAAAACAAACAACUCCUCCAACAAGUUUCUUGAUUGGUAUCGUAUCCUUUCUGUUGGUGGCGGGAGGUCAAUGGCGAGCUUUCACGUGGUGCGGGUCAGAGUGAGCUGGACGGCUCUUUUGGCUCUGGCCCAUUUCAUCUACCUGCUGGCUGGAGCCACCAUCUUCCGAAUACUGGAGCGAGAGGCCGAAAACUACAAUCGAAACCAUUUUCUGAUGGAGAAGUUGAAUUUCUUAGCAAAUUACACCUGCUUGGAUGGAGACGCCUUGGAGUACUUUGUUAAGGUAAUUUUAUAUGCCAAGAAAAAUGGAGUAAAUCCUUCAGGAAACUCCACAAACCCCAGUAACUGGGACUUCAGCAGCUCCUUCUUCUUUGCAAGCACAGUCAUCACAACUAUCGGCUAUGGAAACCUCUCCCCAAGCACUGUGUCUGGCCAGGUGUUUUGUGUGUUUUAUGCUUUCUGUGGGAUUCCCCUGAACCUGGGCUUCUACUUCGCCUUCAUUACCCUCAGCACCAUUGGCUUUGGAGAUUAUGUGGUGGGUACCAACCCUGGAAAGACCUACAUCUAUCUGUACCGCAGUGUUGCAGGCAUUUGGGUCAUCUUUGGCCUCGCUUGGCUCGCUCUCAUCUUCAACAUGGCAGCUAGUAUAAUGGAGCAUGUGCUGGACCAGACUUACCCGAGCCUCAGGAAACAAAGGGAGGCAGAGAACAUGCCAUCCAGUGAAAUAGAAGCCACAUCAAAGAUCUGAAAAUGGACUGCAGAUAGCACCAUAUACAGUGCGUAAAAUAUAUUUAGCGAGACUGUGCUAAAAUAGACGAAGCAGGAUGACUUCUACCUCAUUCAGGCCGCACGAUUGGUGCUUUAAAUAUUUGCGUUGAACUGUCAUAAAAUGCAAACAGUUCACACAAAUAACACUGUUCUAAUUAACUCUAAUUAUUCUCACUGAGAGCAAAAUGUUUUACAUAUUAUAUACAAAGUGUGCUCAGAAAGUUAUGAGAACAGGUUGACAGAAGUGGGGAAAAAAUCAAAAGCCUGACUUCAUUUAAAUGUGGCCAAUCUCCCAUUCAGCACUAUUUUCUCAUGCACCUCUGGACAGAUUUUAGAUCUCAUUGCAGAAGUCUUCUCAUUUCCCUUUUCCCCUUUAUUUCGUGAUCUCCUCCAGUUUGUCAAAAUCAUUUAACUUAAUGGAAAAUCUGGCAAGUGAGUCAGUUGGCAUCUUAAGAUUGUGCAGGUGUUCUUGCACACAGUUCAGGUUGUUUUUGUCACAUUUCCUCCCUCACAAUACUUGGGAUGUUCUUCCAGAACUCUGCACUGAUGGGUCCAACCUGAGGGGAACAUUCAUGCUGUAAAACACUAGAGGCAGUGUGAAUGUGGUAACAAUGCCAUGAUAUUUCAUACUGCACUCAUGGUAGCUCCCAAGUCCCUACUGGUUCAGCUCACAUUUUUGCCCAUGUUAUUCCCCGUGUUGGUAUCAGUAUAGGUUAACAUCCCUCCUAUUAGCUUCAGCUCUGAAAUCUCCAGGAGUACCACCAGUGUGAUUGGUUGGUAAUGGUUCUCCAAGAACUGACUGCCAUUAAAAAAAUAAAACAAAUGUAAGUAUGUGACUUGCAAAAUAAAAAGUAGCCAUUCUUCAGAAACACAAGUUAAGAAGAUCAACUUUUUUAGUGUUAGUCAUAAAACAAUUAAAGGCGCUGCCAUAAUGAGCUGCCUCUCAGCAUUAGAGCCUUUCUUGUUUUGUAAACAUUAUUUCAACAUUUUCUUAGAUGAUCUAGUAGAGAAUGUGUUUACUCAGGUGGAAAUCAUGUUUUCUGCUAUACGUUUGUGUAUUUUAUUAACUCGUGUGUGUGUGUGUUUCUCUAAGAGCACGUCUGCAUUUGUGUAGUGAUGGAAAAUUCAGGUGAAUUGAAUGCAGAGGGCUAUCUUAGACAAACACAUUAAUCAAAAUGGUGAAGUGAGCUGUAAAAAAAGGAGGAUGGCUUUUACCAGUCUCACUUUUUAGUUUGUUUUAAAUCCAUUCAACACUGAAUAUAUAUAUAUAGCUGAGUAUGUGAAGCGUAUGACUACACUACCUGUGUUUUAUUUAACAGUUU